UCCCAUUUUGUGGCAGUUUAUUUCGCAAUUCGUUGCAGUCCAGUCAGACAACGCUGGAGGGACGAUAAGCAAACUCGGUCUACCUCCUACUGCUCCAGCACACCCAAAAUGGUGUACGACGCCUGCCUGCCUCCCCCGGUUCCGCUCCGUUCAGACCCCAGCGAUAGCACAAACUGGCGCUGUUUACUCCUUCCAGAUCGUCUGACAGCUGCAUCAGUUCCGUUCUCUCCGUAGUGGAGAGCAGCGCGCACGCAUUUACACUGAAACUACGCGAUCCACACAAUCCCCCACUGUUUAGAAAAAAUAUUAAUCUAUUCCUAAAUUAUAACUACAUUUCCACCUUAACCUAGUCGCACUGACGUAGCUAAUAUCACAUCUGGAUCUUCAUUACACCGACUGUAUAAAUUACAAUAGUGAGCAGUAGGAUCUGUCAGAAUCGUUUGUUUAAAUCAGCCUCCCCUAGUCUUACGCCUAAUUCAUUCCCAUGUUUGUAGGCUUAAAUAGCCCUUUGUUUACAUGCAAUUCCUCACUCUGCGGAAGGAGUCUUUACUGUUGCUCCACGAUUCCAACCAGCUGUUUCCCGCCCUGAAAAGACAUCCGAUCAGCUGCAAGUACACACAUACACGUACAUGCAGAGGGUGGAGAAAGCGCUGCACACACACACACACCGAGGGAACCCCAUCAGCUGGAAGAGGAGUAUUAUUACAACUCGGAACUGUUCCAUUGCGUUGGAUAUGUGUGACCUGCCGAUUUAAUGCGAAUAUCCACUUUGGGAAAAAAUAGGAAUAUUGCGAGGAGGAAAGGGGGGCUGCAGGGUAACAAUAAAGUGGUUAAAAAGGACUGGAUUGCCCAAACUGGAGAGAAAAGCAUGGAGUAUUUCAUGAUGCCAGCUCAAAAGGUUCCCUUACAGCAUUUCAGGAAGACGGAGAAAGAUGUGAUCGGGGGUCUGUGUAGCCUGGCCAACAUCCCCCUGACGCCAGAGACGGCACGCGACCAGGAGCGGCGAAUCCGCCGCGAGAUCGCCAACAGCAACGAGCGGCGGCGCAUGCAGAGCAUCAACGCCGGCUUCCAGUCCCUCAAAACACUCAUCCCCCACAGCGACGGGGAGAAGCUCAGCAAGGCCGCCAUCCUGCAGCAGACGUCGGAUUACAUCUUCUCCCUGGAGCAGGAGAAGACCCGGCUAAUGCAGCAGAACUCCCAGCUCAAACGCUUCAUCCAGGAGUUCAGCGGCUCCUCCCCUAAGCGGAGGCGGGUGGAGGAGAAGGACGAGGGGAUCGGGUCUCCGGACAUCCUGGAGGAGGAGAAGGCGGAGGACUUGCGGCGGGAGAUGAUUGAGCUCCGGCAGCAGCUGGAGAAGGAGCGCUCCGUGCGCAUGCUGCUGGAGGAGCAGGUGCGCUCUCUGGAUGCUAACCUGUACCCUGAGAAGCUGAAGGAGAUCGCCCAGCAGGUUCAGGACCAGCAAGCGCAGAUGCAGACACAGACGCUGCUCCGGCUGCAACAGCUUCGUGAACAGAAGGAGAAAGAGCAGAAACCACGCAGCCCACAGGUGAGUUACACACAAACUGUUCUCAUAUAUAGUAUGACAGGCAUAGACACAGUCACCAUGCAGUGUUGGUAUUUGCUCGGAUUCAGAUUUAGACUGAAUUGCCUGACUGAUUUGAAUCUCUCUCUUUCUCUCUCUGUCUGUGUCUCUCUCUCUCUGUCUUUCUCGUGGCUUCAGGCCCCAGCCACGCCCCCAGCCCCCACCCACCAUGCCACAGUCAUUGUCCCCGCCCCCACGUUGCCCCUCCCACCCCACCACAUCACCGUGGUUACCAUGAGCCCAGCCUCUGUCAUCAACACAGUGUCCACAUCACGGCAGAAUCUGGACACCAUUGUGCAGGCCAUCCAGCACAUUGAGGGCACGCAGGAGAAGAGCAGCAGUGCAGAAGAGGACCAGAGACGGGCCGUCAUCGUCACCUCCACCUCCACCUCCACCCGCGCUCCACCCAACACCUCCACCUCUACUCGUGCUCCACCCAACACCUCCAGCUCUACCCGCGCUCCACCCAACACCUCCACCUCUACUCGUGCUCCACCCAACACCUCCAGCUCUACCCGUGCUCCACCCAACACCUCCACCUCUACCCGUGCUCCACCCAACACCGCCAGUUCUGACACUGCCUCAGACAGCGAGGGGCCUGACGACCACCUGCUGACCUGAUCCUGCACACACACACACACACACAUGCACGCACAUGCACAUGCACACACACUCACGCACACACAUACAUACACACACUCACACUUACUAUCACUCAUACAAAUGUACACACACACAUUCACACAUACACAUCAUGCUCACGCACGUAUACACACACACACACACACUCUUUCUUGGACAAACAGGGAUUCAGGGGGAAGGGAUUUCCCACACAUGCAAACUACAACCUGAUGCUCGUACAGAUACCUUACUGUGAUUGGCUAGCACAGACACCACAACCUGAUAGGCUAGCACAGACACCACAGCAUGGAAGGCUGACUCAAGCACCACACUCCACACUCAAAGACCCAAACAAAUGCACCUACAGAGGUGCCCUGCAAGUUAGCAGACAAACAGAAACUGGAAGAAACACGCGCAGGCACACACAAACAUACACACACAAACGCUGAUGUCAAUCAUCUCGUGACAGCGCUCCUAAUGAUCUGACCACACCCCCUUUGCCAGCUCCCCUCCAUCCCCCUGCCCCCCUAACCCCCCCCACCCUCACCUUCCAUACCGUACAGGCCAGACGCCUGUCACCACACAGCCACUCUGACAGAACCAGAACCAGGGCUUUUACUCCUAAAACCCAGAAGCUCCCCCCACCCCCCCAUGGCUCUUCCCUCCCUCCCUCUGUCUUUCUCUCCCCCACUCUUUGCUUUUUGUCCUGGGUUGGCCUCAUUCUUGUCCUUGGCACUGUGAACUUGGUUUCGGUUUUUAACGGUUGGCUCCAGUUUGUACCGGUUGGCUCCGGUUGGUCACGGUUGGUUUCGGUUAGCUUCCUCUUGCCUCUCGGCGUCUGUGUGGGAGGGGCUUGUUCUUCGUACGUACAGAGCGGGUCAGAGAGGCGCUGGAGAUUCGCGAGCCCCCCCCCCGACGGGGGGUUGGGGACAGACACGCCCGGGCAGCGUCCGGGUGUGAGGCGGUGUCGCGCGCUCAGAGCAGGCCGCCCGAGCGGCUGGCCUCGUUUGGCCCCGCCCCGCGGUCAUGACCCUCCGCUGCCACCAGGGCGGUGUGUGGAGAAUUCAGACGCACACAGACGCACAGUCAACACACAGGCGAGCUCAGGAUGUUUACUGAGCAUUUUUACACUGAUCCUGAGCUCUGUCCUGAGCCCUCUGUUUCGUGCUGCAGCUAGAGUGACACACACGUGCUCAGUCUCACACGCACACAUGCGCACGCACACACACAGUCUCACUCACAUGUAUGCGCGUGCACACACGCAGACGUGCAGAGAUUGUCUGUAGUCAUAGCACACUGAGCCGCGGGGGGUGCACACAUUGGACAGUAUUUCUCAACAUUCCAGUAUUUUUCUCCUCCUCAGUUUCAUCAGGUAUCCAUUAAAUUUCAGGCCCCAUAUUACACGCCACUUCUUUUUUUUUAAGGCGUCGCUCAGUAACACAGUGAAGUUAAAGCUGUAAAAACGUACUUCUGUGCAUUUAAAACUUUGGUAAAUGUUUGGUUUGAUUGCGAUGGGUAAGGAGUAAUGCCCAGCCAUGCCGCAGUGUUUUUUCCACACGGUCUCCCCUGGCGGCGUGUCGUCCCUGUGGGCAGGUCAGAGGUCGCCGGGGGGCGGGUCUCGGACUCGUUUGGGUAAGAGCGCAGCCGCGCUGACCCGGGGCCGGCGGGACUCGUUGGGUGUUGAGCGACGGCGGUUAAUGGUUUCUUUUUUUGUUUGUUUGUUUGUUUCUGCGUGCCGCUAAGCAGUGAAAAGCCGCGCUUUUCUGCGCACGGUGUGAGACUCGCACAUUACCUCAGCCAACGUGGCACUCCGCUGUCUUUUUAUCUCCCCCCGCCAUUUUCUUAAAUCGAGACGUUUCUCUGUCAGCUACAGUUUGGAGUAACGUGGGGAGGGGGGCGGCUGAACCCAGUUGGGGGGGGGGGGGCAUACAGGGAGCCCGUAAAGCACUUACUCUUCUGUUAGGAGGAUUCUUUCAGGAAUUACCCGUCACUAUGACGACAAUGAUGAUGAAGCUCUUAAUUUGCUGUGAGUUCAUACCGAACAGCUGUGUACCCCAAGCACCCGCCCCUUUUUACACUUACAGCCAUCCAAUCCCUGCCGGUCUCACUGGACACCUCGUGCUCUCCACUGUCACCUCCCCCACCCCCAUCUCCCCCCCUUCACUACCCAUCUCUUCCAUCUCCUUCUUCCUUCAUAUCAAUUUACUAUAUACACUCCCCCUCCCCCUCCCCCAGUAUUUUUUUUUUGUCUGUCUGUCGGACUCCUUGUGGUCGUUGAGAAGCUAUUAUAUUUUGUUAAAAAAAAAAAACUUUGGGAAAAAAGAGGCUUGUGCCUUUGUAAAGAAAGAGUAAUAAAGUUUGUACUUUGUUUUUUAA